GCAUUUAUUUAUCCCCUGUUCCAGAAUAUAGUUUUGGGUGAGUGGGCUGCAUACUGUACUGAUCAAUUCUAAACUGACGUCUCUUUAGGUCCAGUAAGGGUUAUUCCUUAUUGCUCAAUUGUUAAAUAAUACAGAAAGAACCUAAACUUAUUUGACUUUAUUUAUACUAGAUUGUCCUGUCAGUUCUAAACUGUUCUUUUUGUGUUUUCACUGUAUGUCGUUUUUUAAAUUUUUCUUUGUAGUUACUGUGAUAUUGGAGGUAAAGUUCUAGUGUGUGCAGUUCUACCUGGUCGUGUGCACAACGUCGGAGGAGGUAAAUCUUUUUCAAAUUGUCCUCUCUAUUUCAUUCCUAAAGCUUUUUUUCUUAUUCGUAAGUAUUUUUAUAUUUAGGUCGUCGUCUUUUACAUAAAUACGACUGUAUUUCUUAUGGAGAUGAGAUGGUUAUUUUUGAUGCCAGGCAUGUAAGUAUGUUCGUACAGGUCCUGUCUGCCAGUAGUGUAUAUAUAGCCCAAUAUAUACACUACUAACCGACAAGUACUUAAUGUCAACUUAAUCCGGUCCAUGACUUCAAUGCCAUUUGUAGGUUUUACCAUGCUAUGUAAUUACGCUUGUGCCACGUGAAAGUAUUGUUAGCGUGGACGAGAAUCUCAGCAAGACUUUGGAGAGAGCAAGAGAAACGAAAGAUGAACGAUUGCAAAGAAUAACUGCCAGGGUAAUUGGAGAAAAUUUGCAUUUAGAACUGAUAGAGCUAUUAGGUUUCCUCCUGUAGUAACAUUGGAUCAAUAAGAGAUGAUCCUUACUGGAUCUCUAGGAAGAACAGUUUAGAACUGAUAGAGCUAUCCAGUAUAAAUAAAGUUAGUUUAGUUUAGGUUUCCUCCUGUAGUAACACUGGAUCAAUAAGAAAUGAUCCUUACUGGAUCUCUAGGAAGAACAGUUUAGAACUGAUAGAGCUAUCCAGUAUAAAUAAAGUUAGUUUAGUUUAGGUUUCCUCCUGUAGUAACACUGGAUCAAUAAGAGAUGAUUCUUACUGGACCUCUAGGAAGAACAGUUUAGAACUGAUAGAGCUAUCCAGUAUAAAUAAAGUUAGUUUAAGGUUUCCUCCUGUAGUAACACUGGAUCAAUUAGAGAUGAUUCUUACUGCACCUCUAGGAACAACAGUUUAGAACUGAUAGAGCUAUCCAGUAUAUAGUAUAUGUGUUGACAUUUUAGGCAAAGAAGUUCUUUCCCUAUGGUUUUGGUCCUGGAAAUAGAGUCCAAAUUCUUGAUGCUGCCGACUCUGACGAUGAUGAAGACGAAGGAGGAACGUACCAGGUACUGAAUUGUAAGAAACAGGAGAUGAAAGAAAUGAUACAGAAAUGUGAACUACCUAUACAGAAAUUGGUUUCCUGUAUAGACUGUUCACAGGGGGGAGGGAGGCGAUGAAGGAGAUUAGAGCAAGGGGAAUAUAAUUACCAUAACUAUAAGUAAGAAUUUAUCUUGCAGAAUGAAAGAUAUGAAGGGAUACCAAUUACAAGCGAGUACCAGAAGGACAAAAAUUGCAAUGAUGAUGAGAUGUAUUAAUUCAAAACCACCAUGCAUCCGACGAAACCAGGUUUGUGCAUCAUUUUCAUAUCUUAUCACGUUAAAUAUCAUAUUACAUUGGACCGAAAAUCCCCAGAUAUUUUCUUUAGAUAUUCAUAUAUCAUAAUUGACAAACUUUCGGACAUUCAUUUUACAACUCCAACAAUGUGCAGCAAAAUUUUAAUGAAUUACAACGAUAGAAAACUCAUGCAACUACAGUUGGAAACAAAAUAGAAUUAUUUACAUACAUAACAUGCACUAAGUUCUUUGCGAUAAAAUAGUUUUGUUUGUGGAAACACCACGUAAAUUCAUUACUGCAAAGCUUUCGAUCCGUAAGCCCAGAUCUUCAUCAGUGCUAAUAAUAUGUAUUAUUGACAUAUUAUUAGCACUGAUGAAGAUCCGGGCUUACGGAUCGAAAGCCUUGCAGUAAUAAAUUUACGUGGUGUUUUCACAAACAAAACUAUUAUAACAUGCACUGUUUAAUAGGAAGGCCGACUCGGCCCUCUCUAUAGAUCUCAUCAUAUAUGAUCUUUUUCCGUGAUAGUAAUUUGAUAAAGAGCGUACUAGCACGCAGUUUCUUCGUCUCUUUUGGUUAUGAGUAGAAAUACCAUUGUCAAUGAACACGUUGUCAUUUCCCUAAUUCCCUUCUAAGAAGAAUGGACGAACUUUAUAGGUAGUAGAGGUGUGCAUCGGAUUGGACGUUUAUAAUACGACAAUUGGCGAAUGUUUAAAAUCCAAUCCGAUCCGAAAUUGUCGAAUCCGAUCCGAGUUUUGAUAAAGAAUUCCGAUCCGAUCCGAAGAAUCCUUAAAUAAAAUAAAUUUCUCAUUCAAGUGGAAAUAUUUAACCAAAUAAAUAUAAAAGCAAGAAAUACAUGUUAAGAAGCUGACAAAGUGACGUCCAAUUGAAGUCCGAUCCGAUCCGACUACGAAACAACUUUAUCAAUCCGAUCCAAUCCGAAGUGAAUAUUUUUGUUCCGAAUUCCGAACGAAUUCGAUUGGAUUCGGAUCGGAUUUGCACACCUCUAAUAAGUAGAUCACAUGUUCCGCAAAGCAAGAUCUGCGUAACCUUAAAACAUGUAAUCCGCAACGUCGACAAAAACUUGAAACGACGUUCUACUAACAAUACUCCCAUAACCGUUCAAAAAAUCCGACACCACUUUAAACUCAUAAAAUCCUGGUUCAUCAAAUACAACCCGGUUGUAUACUAUACCAGCUUGACCAAUUUGAUAGACACCAAAGAGAUGGUUACUGUGUUGUACUGGGUAAAAGUAUGUCGCACAGUAGCAAGCUAGGCUUUCGCUGCCUCCUGGGGGGAUGUACGGUCGCAAUUGUAGGAAAUCUGUAUUCACUGGGAGAUAUCGAGGGAUACUGAUGGAUGUGUGCUGUAGCUUGGUGUAUUGAGCGGGACACUGGUUGGCUUGGUAGAAGCAUUGCAUUGUACAGUAUCUAUAGACGAAAAAAAAAUUUUUUUCAAAUUUUAUAGAUAUGGGUUUACAAUUUUAUUUCAAUUCUGAGCAUGCAAGGAAAAUACAAUUAGUUUGGUGAAUAUUAGUCCUUCUAACCGAUAAAAAUUAAAUUUGCAUGCCGUACGAAAAUAUUCAAUACGCAUGGCAAUGAAACUAAAAGUAAAAAAAAUAUAUAAUGGUUAUUUAUAGAAUGCAAAAAGCAGGGAUACUAGUAUAGCUUAACUAUAUAUAAGCGCCCUGGCAAAAACCAUUGACGAAAGCCCAAAGCUCGUACAUUAAGGCAGCCCGAUUCAAAUGUUACAAGCUCUAUCAGUAUGCAAUUAAAUUCGAAAACAUUUAAGUUAGUGUGAAGAUGGUCAUUUCAACAUAGCCAAACAUUAAUACAGCGUAAUUUAAAUUUUCAGUCGCCUACCCAUCAGUGGUUGGAUGAUAUCCUUGUGGACAGGAAACAUUCAGGCAAUGAUAUUUUCCCAGAGUAUUGAAGCAUUCCCGUGUUCCACACACUUGCUGCCCUGUCAAGCACUCGUUAAUGUCUAAGGAACACAGAUAAUUGCAACAUUAGGAUAAAUUGACACAAUUGGUGCCUUUCAUUAAAUUCUUUCUGGGACUGGGUAUUCUUUAUUUGAAACAGUAAUUAGAUGGCAUGACUGACGAAGCUAUCAGUAUAAAUAAAGUAAACUUAGUUGGAUUUUAUAUAAUUAUGCAGAUUUGACAUAAGAUUUCAGUUAGAAAAUUUCCAGACAGUAUUUUAAAUAUGUUCAUUGGUCAAAACUGUAAACAAUGUUAACCAAUGUUAUAUAAGACUAGUAUGGAAUUGCAAAAUUUAUAACAAACAAUCUUAGUUUUACAAAAAUAUUAAUUAACUUAUUAAUUUUGAUUAUAAAUUUUGAACAUUUAUACAUAAAAACGUUGUACAUAAAUUAAUUUUUUAUCACAAAUCGAUGUGAAUAAUAUAUUUAUAAAAUGGUUGAUACCUAUGCAGGAAACCUCGUCCCAAUGUAACCUGUAUCCUGAAGGACACUGGCAUCGUCCAGUCUCUGUAUUACACUGAUAUUGACAUCUCCCGUAACCUCGUAAUGGACACGCGGAUAUACCUGUAGAAGUAGUGGU